AUGAAUUUUGUGGCAAUCGUUCCAUCUUCCAGAAUUUUGGGUCUAGCAACGGAUGAGCUGGGCGUAUAUAUGGAUAAAAGCUCAUUGCUUCUAGCGUUGAUCAUCCACUCUUUCGGAAAUGCCGUCCAACUAAUACAGUCUAUCUUACCGUUAAAAAAUCGACAACUGAGCAUAUUGCGUCUCUCUUUACUUGGCACAAUCCUGUCGAAUCUUCUGCUUUUGACGGGGAUUUGCUUCCUCUUAGGCGGCAUCCGAUACUUUGAGCAGCGAUUUAACAGGGAAAAGACUGAAACCAUCACUAUACUUUUAUUUCUCGCUGUUCUAUCUCUGGUUAUCCCAACAGCAUCUCAUUAUUUAUCAAACACAGACGCCGGGGGUAUUCUAGCACAAUCUCGCGGUACAUCCAUCAUCAUCAUGAUAUCCUCCGGUCUUUGGCUUUUGUUCGACCUCAAGACUCACCGAGAACUCUGGGACACACCUCCUCUCAAACCAACGGAAAACAUCAUGUGGCGCAAGCGGAUCAAAGAAGGUGACGUGGGUCGUGAGAUUGCAAAAGUUGGACAUGUUGCAGCAAAGAUAGGUGCAGGAGCAGGAGAUCACCGGGAUGUGACUCUAGUAGAACUAAUUGAUGAUUCAACACCAAGACUUACCAUACCGGUUAUCGUGGUAACAAUGCUUGUCACAACUACCUUGAUUGCCUUGAAUACAAAUUAUGCAACAGACAGCAUCCAGGGAUUGACGGACCAGUAUAUUUCGCCCUCUUUUGUUGGUCUUGUCAUCCUACCCAUUAUAUCACUCGAUACAGCUGCGGUGAAAUACGCAGUGAACGGCAAUAUGGAUAUUGCUAUAUCUCUCACCUUGGGCCGCUGUAUGCAAAACGCAUUAAUGUAUAACGACUUUUUUAUUGCUAUUAUCAUUCUUGGAUACGUGGUUCGGGAGGGAAGGAGUAAUUGGUGA